AUGGCCGAGUCGUCCUUCAAGCAGAAGACGAUGAAGAGGAAGAACGAUACACUUGAGAUUGGCGUUGAGUUCCAGCUGGACCUGAAGGCCGAAGAUCUGAUAGUGCUGCGGGAACUGGGCCAUGGAAAUGGAGGAACAGUCAGCAAAGUGCAGCACGCUGCUACCAAGGUUAUAAUGGCGAGGAAGGUCAUACAUGUCGAAGCGAAGAACGAAGUACGGAAACGAAUCGUGCGAGAACUUCGAAUCAUGCACGACUGCAACUCAGACUACAUUGUCGACUUUUACGGCGCCUUCCAAAAUUCUUCUGGAGAUGUGAUAAUGUGCAUGGAGUACAUGGACGUGGGGUCACUCGACUGGGUCUCACGAACAUUUGGACCCGUCCGCGUCGACGUACUCGGAAAGAUCUCAGAGGCAGUGCUUGGCGGCCUUGCCUACCUUUACAGCGCCCACCGUAUCAUGCAUCGCGAUCUCAAGCCCUCAAACAUCCUCGUAAACUCAAAGGGAAAUAUCAAGCUGUGCGACUUUGGUGUCUCAAGUGAGUUGGAGGGAUCUAUUGCCGAAACUUUUGUAGGAACAGGCACGUACAUGGCGCCAGAGCGGAUACAAGGAUCUCCCUACACCGUCAAGUCGGAUGUGUGGAGUGUUGGUCUUACGUUGAUGGAACUGGCUAUUGGAAAGUUUCCCUUCGCUGGGAGCGGUGAUGACGACGAAGCUGGAGGUCCUCAGGGUAUCCUGGAUCUUUUGCAGCAAAUCGUUCUGGAACCCUCACCAAAGCUACCAAAGAGCGACGCUUUCCCAUCGAUUCUGGAGGAUAUGAUUGCGAAGUGCUUGAUGAAGGAUCCAGCCGAGCGACCAACACCCAAGGAACUAUACGACCAUGAUGCUUUCCUUCAAGCCGCGAAGCGGACACCCGUCGACCUAGAAGCAUGGGCCGUGUCCAUGAUCGAACACAACAAACGCAAAUCCCAUCUCGCUCCCGCCGCACCUGCAGCGACUAUCAAAGAGAAGCUCCGCGAGCGAUCUCCCCCUCAUAAGCGUGACUCCAGCAAUCCCAGACAAAGAGUAGCCAACGGCGAUCAGGAACCAGCACCUCGACGACCCUCAUACCCUACACGGACAUCCAGCAGUGGCAAUGUCAUGAAUCUACCCAUGCGACCUGCACCGCCUGUAGACGGUCCGGGAAGUAGACCAGGAAGCAGAGGACCAUCUGCCAACGGUUUACCACCUCAGCCCAGGAGGUGGAACAGUGAAGUACAAUAG